AUGAGUAAAAUCAGGGGCCUCCCUCCUGCCGUCAGGGACCCGGGCCCUGGAGUGGAACUUGGAGUAGAAGAUGGCCUUCUCUGUCAACUAAUUCAUUCUCCAGAGUUCAACUUGUUCUCUGACUCAGUGGUGUUUGAAAGCACCUUUAUCCAGACCCACGUGUCUGGGGUUGGUUUCCAGGUCACUAAACAAGGACACUGGAUGGAUGCCUAUGAAAGAUCUGCCACUGUGAUCCUUGGGGUAACCUCUUCAGUGCCCUCCCUGCCACUCCCCAAUGUCCUCCUGAUGGCCAACCUCACCUGGCCUCACGGUCCGCUUUCCACCAGGAGCGACCCUGGUGCCCCUGUCAUCACUCUCAGCAGGAUCCUUCCCCUGAAGUAUGUGGAGCUACAAAUCUAUGACCGGACCCAGCGCAUCCUUCGGGUGAGGACAGUGACAGAAAAGAUUUACUACCUGAGGCUCCACGAGAAACAUCCACAGGCUGUGUUUCAGUUCUGGAUUCGCUUGGUGAAAAUUUUGCAGAAAGGUCUGUCUAUCACCACCAAAGACCCAAGGAUCCAGUUCACUCACUGCCUGGUGCCCAAGAUACCCAGCUCCUCCAUUGAAACAACACCUGAAUGCAGUCUGCCAUCGUCCUCCCAGGCCAGCGAGACCAUAAUGCUGCUGGCAGCUGAGCGGACCAGCGGCAGUCUCUUAGGACUCUCAGAAAGAUACAAGCUCAAAGGAGACAGACACACUGAUGCUGCCACAGUAACAGACAAACCCAAGAGAUGCAAGACACCCCCACUGGUGGCAUCUUCAAUUCAUAUGCCCAUGAGAGCGACUUUGACCCACAGCCUCUGGGAACAAGAGGACCCAAAUGAGAACUUCCUGCAGGUUCCUGUAGCCAGCUCCCUAGGAGAGAACUUUUUGGGACCUUAACACCUAGCCAGACGGGUGUCAGCCCUGUCUUCUAUGCGUUUGCUCUGCCUCGUAUAAUGCUGCUUCCCACAGUGGGCCAAGUAACCAUGGGAGAGACGAGGUGGUGCUUACGCCAGGAUGCUCCUCAACUUCCACCAAUAAAUCUCCAAUCGAGUCCUCGUUGUCGUAGGUUGUGUUGGGGGUGGGGAGAUCUGGGUAGCUGGCUAAGAGCUGGCUGGAAAUCGACGGUCACUCCUCAGAAAAAUAAAUGGGAAGGAAGCUAUCGCCUGCUCAAUUGAAAGCCUGAAGCAUCUAAGCCAAGCCGAUACAUCCAGUGCAAAGGAAACGGCCCCUGGAAAGAACUCUAACUUCCGUUAUCAAGGAGAUAGUGUGGGACACAGAGACGGGACUUUGGUAUACAGAAAUCCUGAGCAUGGUGGCAACCAGCUAGGAGAUAACCUCAUCCGUCUCAAGAAAUAGAGGGUUCAUCUCUCAACUCCCUGUGUUAGGGUAGAAGCCCGACCUCACGCCCUUGGCCAUGAACAAGUGGGUUACUAACGGAGACGUGGCUUCUGGUAAGGGUGGUGGUGACUCCUCAUCAAAGAAAUUGGGACUGCCCUGACUGUUCACUCCUGGGACCUAGUGAAAGCAAGUUGGGAGAUCUUGUGUCUUGCAGGUUUCUGAGCAAAUAUCCUUAAUUGUGUAGGGGAUAAUCAAAACUGUUCUCACCUCCUCGACCAUUAGGAAUAUUUACCCAGAAUAUACCACCAUAAUAUCCAAUAAGUGGGAUAUUUUAAUCGCACUGUGGCACUCCAGAGGCCAAUAAAGUUUACCUGGAAUCAGGGGGCGGAGCCAGCGACUAGCGGACUAGAAUUGACCAUAGAGAAGCCAGCGGUUUGGAUAGAGAAGAUGCACAGGAAGGAAAGGGCGGGGACUAGGGUUGGAGCUUCCUUUUGGUUCCGGGCCGAGGGCCGAGAUUCGUCUCUUGCGGUGUUACUAGCCAAAGAGCAAGGUCAGCUGGUUGCUUUUCGGCUUCUCUGAUCUAACAGGUUUUCACUCCGAUAUCUGACUUCCAAGUCCUUGGUAAAUAAAAUGAUAGAGACAGUGUAAACCUACAUAUGGCGGUCAUAGCAGAGCCCGGCACGGCCUGAGUGGCGGUUGGGAUGCUGAAUGCAGGGCCAUGGGGCCCCGCAGACAAUAGUUAAAAUAUCAGUAGGUUCAUAUGCAGCUGCUAAGCCAACAGAAAAACAAGUACGUAUUUAAUGAUACCUCUGUUUGGUGCCUUGUUUGGUGUGUGGUGUUGAGCUCAUUGGAAAGGAUAAGAGAGAAGGAGAAGUUUCCUGUCCUUGGAGACAGCUUGGUGCAGCUACUGGAGUCUAUUUUAAAGAUAAGGGAAGGCCAUUAAUGUUGACAUGACAUUUAUGCCACUCAGUUCCUAAAUAAAAGUUGGAGGACCUGCCUUCUUGUAUCUCACAUCAUGUGUGAUGGCAGGAGGAGGAACAUGGCUGUCCCCUUCCAGGAAGGCUUGGUUAAUCUGAGGAGUAAAUCCUGGCAGGAAUGGGUUAUGCAAGAUACUGAGAGGCUGUCUAGUGCCUGUGGCUUUCUUCCUCCCUCCAUGGAGAACAAGCACACCAAAUUUCCUUUGAACAUGGUUCUAGUUAAGUUUCUUGUCAGCUUGACCCAAGCUAGAGUCACAUGGGACAACAGAAGCACAAAUGAGAAAAUGCCUCCAUCAGAUUGGCCUAUGAUGCAUUUUUUUUUUUCUCUGCGGGGCAUUUUAUUGAUUAAUGAUGGGUGUGGGAGGGCCCAGCCCACCGUGGGUGGUGCCACCCUUGAGCAGGUUGUAUAAGAAAGCAGGCUGAGCGAGCUGUACGGAGCAAGCCAGGAAGUAGCAUUUCUCCAGAACCAAGCCUCUGCUUCCGUUCCUGCCUUGGCGUCCGUUGGUGAUAGACUAUAAAGUGUAUAGACUGUAAAGCUGAAAUAAACUCUGUUCUUCCCAAAUUGCUUUUGGUCAUGGCAUUUAUCACAGUAAUACAAAGUAAGCUGGGGCAGGCAUUUUUGCUACCAAAUAAGCUGGGCAUUGCGGGUGCUGGUGAAGACAUUUAGAAGCUG